AGGCGAACAGAGACCUACUCGGCAAAGGUCCCUUGAAGCACGUAUUUCACACAUGAAUACGAGAUGAGGGGCCUGACAAGGCUGACCAAGCAAUUGUAUGCCCUACCCACGAUCCACUCUAUCGAUGUCAAGCCAAAGCAUCAUCCCGGUAUACUUCAGACCAGCUAUAUUGCGGACCAAGGUACGAGGUACUCCGUACAAGCACCAACCACUUGGGUACCCAACACUCGGACGAGUAACAUGCCUCAGAGAUGGCCAGUCUUUGCUAUCAUUGGCCAGAUGCCCGACUCGUCGCCAUUCCCUUUUCAGCCUCGUCGAUCCCUUUCGGACGCUCGCUGUUCCCAUAUCUCCGAGACGUUGUCCCCUCCCACAGUCGCUAGCUGUUCGCGCCUUCGUACAUGACGCUACGCAUCGGUCGAGUUCGUCCGUCGACCUUCCAAUGAUAUUAUUUCGGGCUCUUUCGCACCUCUAGAUG